ACCAUGGAGAUUAUCAAUCCAGGCCCGUCCUCGCAUCAAACAAGCAUCGCCGACAAGAUACGCUCGAAGGAAGCCGCCCGACGCUUCAAGUACGGCUCACCUAAGCUGGUCGAUCUGAUGCGUGAGAAAUGUCGAAUCCGCAUCAAAGAGGCACGCAACGAUCAGUUCCUGAAGAAGCGAAACAUCAUUCAGGAGGAGAAAACAUUCCUGGAAACGAUUGUACGCGAGGAGCUUUCCGAGCUGGAGCACGACAUUGCACUGCAGGAACUGAUCUACAAGGAGCUGAUGCAGGACACGGAGCAGUGGUUGUUUUACGAACGAGUGGAAAACUAUCUCAUCGAGUCGUACGAAACCGACACGGUGUUUUGUCCUAUAUGUGAACACAACGUGCUGCAGCUGGAUAAUCGUGCCAAUCGGCUCAGCUGUUCUUGUGGCAUUUUGCUGCGUUACGAUGGGUCGAUCGAAACAUUUAGCAAGCUUGUAACGGAAACGCUCACACAGCAUGCAUUGCGCUGCACAAAUAACCUUCAGUUUUUCACCGAACCCAUCGUAGAUGUGGAUUACGUGCAGUUGAACGCAUUUUGUCUUGGUUGUGAUUUUUACCGCGACCUAACAAGUUAGAGAGG